CAUUAAUUGAAGAAUGACAUCAUAAUUCUCAUUCAAAUUCUCUGCUGAAAACAUUCAUGAAGGAUUGCGCAAAAGCGUUCUCCCCAAGAAACACUCAUUGAAAUUAUCUACAGAAUGGCCUCCAAAACAACUCUUCCUCAGUCCACUUCUCAAAUCUUAACAACAGUGGACAUUGUCUUCUACGCCAUCAUUGUUCUCCUGGGCACCACUGGGAAUUCUUUGGUGAUCUGGGUGGCUGGCUUCCGUAUGAAGCCCAGUGUCACCAACAUAUGGCUGGUCAACCUGGCUGUGGCUGACCUGAUCUUCAGCUUAACUCGAAUCACCUCGCUCAUCAAACAAAUAUUCUUUGAUCACUGGCCUUUUGGAGAGUUUCUCUGCAAGUUCACUGGCUUCUUCAAGUAUGCCAACAUGUUCUGCAGUGUCUUCCUUCUGGCUGUCAUCAGCGUGGAUCGAAUGCUCUGUGUUUGGCGUCCAGUGUUCACCAGACAAAGACGGACAUUGUGUGCUGCCCGUGUGGUCAGUUUAGGGGUUUGGAUUGUGGCGGUCAUCUUCAGUUCACCAUACUUUGUGUACCGGCGGGUUUACCCUGACAAGAACAACUUGAGUUACUGUUCACUGAAGGAGAAAGGAGCUGCAAAGUACGUCUAUUACUACAUACGCUUCAUAUGUGGAUUCCUGUUGCCAUUCCUCGUCAUUCUUUGCUGCUACAUACUAGCUGCUAUUGGUAUUCGUAGAACACGGUUCUCUGGCAAAUCAAGGCCUCUUCGAAUCCUUGCCUUAUUGGUCUGCGCCUUUUUCCUUUGCUGGGCCCCCUACCAUUGCCUUGGGCUUGUCAAGUUUGCGAAUAAAGACCAUGAGGCAGUAAAAUUAGGCUGGGAAAUAGUAAAAAAAUUAGCCUAUUUCAACAGCUGUGUGAACCCAGUGCUGUACUUUUGCACAGGAGUGGAUAUUAGGCAUCUCUGCAACCAAAGCCUGUCCGGGAUAUAUCAAAGAGCUCUCAUGGAGGAAGGCCACACUGUGCAUUCCCAGGAAUGCACAUUGGAAGAAAUCUGUAAUUCCGUUCCAAAGACUGCAGGCACAGUGUAUUCUAGAUCUGAGUGCAUGACUAAAGUUUAGAAAAGUUUUGAGUGAGGGAAAUUUGUCAUUUCUUUUUGUCUGAUCUAUCAGAUAACUCUGCACAAUUUUAAUUCAUAUCUAUUUGAAUCAGUUUUUGAUGUUGCUAUCAUUUCCGUCAGAGGUUUCAGAAGUGAUUUUCACAGAAAUGUCUCUUAUUGUGUACAUUAUGUCCUGUAGUUUGUCAGGGGCGAGGUCACUUCUUCUGCUGAACACAAACAAAGAUUUUUAGAAGAAUAUCUCAGCUCUGUAGGUCCAUACGUGCAAGUCAACAGAGUCCAAAACUUUGAAGCUCAAAGAGCACAUAAAGUUAGACGUAAAAGUAAUCCACACGAUCUCAAAUCAAGCCUUUAGAAGCGAUAUGAAAAGUGUGGGUGAGAAACAGAUCAAUAUUGAAGUCCUUUUUUCUCCAUAAAUCUACACUUUCACUUUUACAUUCACAUUCUUCAUGCAUAUCGCCACCUACUGGACAGGGUGGAGUAUUUAUAGUAAAAAGAAGUCUUAAAUAUUGAUAUGUUUCUGACCCACACCUAUCAUAUUGCUUCUGAAGAUGAUAGAUUUAGACCCUGGAGUCUUAUCGAUUAUUUUAUGCUGCCUUUAUGUGCUUUUUGGAGCUCCAAAUUUGCAUUGUGAGGACCGACAGAGCUGAAAUACUCCUCUAAAAUUCUUUGUUUGUGUUCUGCUGAAGAAAGUCACACACAUUUGGGAUGGCAUGAUGGAGGGUAAAUGAUAAGACAAUUAUCAGUUAUGAGUGAACUAUACCUUUAAUUCAUCUCAAACACAUAGCAUUUCAUUUCAUGGCUAUGUUUUACCAUGACUGCAAUCAAAUUAAAUUAUAUCACCAAGUUUUUUAUAUAGAGUGAAGGUUAUUGCCUUAAACAAUUUUGCAAAGUAUCGGGUGCUGAUAGAGUAUCUGGUCCUGCUUUAGCAUAUGGCCUUCUUCGAGAGAAAGAAAGAGGAAAUAAAUGGCAUUUGUCAUCACUGUAUUGAAGACCACUUCCUUGCACUUUUUGUAACUCGCUGGGUAAAAUGAUCUAUUUCAAGAAUUCACCUUUAAAUCAUAUGAUUUAAAAACACACUGAA